AUGUCUUACACCAACGAUAUCACCCAUGGGAACGGUGUAAACGGUGAGGUAAAAUUCUUUGUGGAUGGCGACAAAGAAGAAUUCGACCCAGAGAAUUGGGCCAGUCCCCAGAACCAGCUCCCAAAACGUGGCAAGGAAACGGGAGUGAACGUUCUAAUAGUUGGAGCCGGGCUCGCUGGAUUGACAUGUGCAUUGGAGUGCUGGAGAAAGGGUCAUAACAUUGUGGGAAUUUUGGAGAGAAACAAAGGCCCAAAUUAUGCUGGGGAUCUUAUAUUUAUCCAACCAUCCGCCGUACACUUCAUACGCUACUGGCCCGAUAUGCGCCGAGAUUUGGAGGAAGACAAAGUUGACAUCCCUGAAUAUUACUGGAAGCACAAUGGCGAGCUCAUCUACGGACCUUCGGCGCCUCACUUUAACGAGGUCGAGGACAUAGUCCUCCGUGAAAAGAGUGGCGUUCCACAUGUGGGCGCUCUACAAAUUCGGAAGAAGUUCUACCGAAUGUUACUACGGCAAGUGGCCAGACUAGGCCUCAACGUAGAGUACGGACAACGCGUUGUAAAGUACUUCGAAGAUGAACCUGCUGGUCUGGGUGGUGUGGUUACUGAAAGCGGCUCUGUCAGAGUAGCUCACAUUGUGGUUGCUGCUGACUCUUCCAAGUCAAAAUCUGAGAUCCUCAUUGCAGGCGAGCACAUGCCGUCAGUACCCAGCGGCAUGUCCGUCUAUCGUGCGUCAUAUCCAGGAGACCUGGCCAAAAAAGACCCGGUCCUCCAAAAGAGAUGGGGGGGCGAGAACUCAGUAUCACAUGAGCUUUGGUUAGGACCUGGCAUGCAUAUGGGGCUCUUCUUUUCUCCGGAGUUUGUCGCAUUUGGGAUCACACCCCGCAACAAUUUCUUAGUGGACGGAAGUUCUGAUGCCACAGAGUCGUGGGAUCCGACCAUUGAUCCUGAAGAAGUUGUCCAAGUGCUCAAGAGGAUACCCGACUGGGACGAAGCCAUUGUGGCUCUUGUGAAAAAUGCACCCAAAGGUUCCGUGAUUCACUGGCCCCUGUUAUGGCGCAACCUUCGCCGUGAAUGGACUUCCAAGGCUGGCCGUGUUGUACAGAUUGGCGAUUCUGCGCAUUCAAAUAUCCCAAGCUCUGCUAGUGGCGGAACUCUAGCCCUUGAGGAUGCUAUAACGUUAGCUUCCUGUUUACAACUAGCAACAUACGGAAGUGGACCUCGGGCUGCAGGUCUCGGAGCAAAAGUAUAUAACCUACUUCGUUGGCAACGUGUGAGUUGUAAUCAGAAAAUGGCCUUCGUCAACUCCCAGGCCACUAAUACGAAGACCAUGGAUUGGGAUGCCAUUAAAAAGGAUCCUAAGAAGGUCCGCCUGCGUUUUUGCAAGUGGUUUUUCCGCCAUGAUCCUGAAGCCUAUGUGUACGAGAAGUAUGGGCAGGCUUUUGCACAUCUCGUCGAUGGUGCUGAUUUCCAAAAUACCAAUAUCCCUCCUGGUCAUGUAUUUGUGCCUUGGACUGUUGAAGAGAUUCAAAAGGAUAUAAGAGAAGGAAAGAGAAUAGAAGACUUCCUGGAUGGGGACUGGUCAUAG